UUGUUGACAUUUUGUUGAAAUAUUCAAUAAGGUGAACCAACAUUUUUAACAAUAAGAAGUGUUCUCUAGUGUAUAUGUAUUCUAUGUUUUUUUGGCACGUAUAUAAGGUACUGUUGUAUAUACGUAUGACAUACAUACUUAGUUUAUUAUUACAUAAUGUAAUAUCAAUAUUUUUCUAUUAAAGAUUUGAUUUCAAGUUGUAAAUAAAUAUGUAUCAAUUUUUAAUGUCUUAAUACAUGAACAUUAGAAAAUACUGACAUUGUCCGAAGGAACAAAAACUUGAGGAUUUUCGUGCGUAAUUUUAUGAUGAACACUUUCGCAGUUAAGAAGCUAUUUUUGAGUUGGGACUUUAGUACUUAAAACGAUUUCUUUUAGUAAUUGUAACAGUACUUUUAAUUUCCCAUAUCUACUGUGGUCUCAAUAGCCGAGAGUGUCAUAAAUAAAACAAAUAAUCAUAAAUGUGGUUACUUCCGAAGAGUAAUUUAUCUAAUUGUAACAAUUCCAUUGAUCGAGGGCACUUCGAAGAUUUUCCGUGACCCUUACCUAAGUGAAUUAUUAAAUACGAAGCCUUACGUUUUUCCCGCCCCGGAUCCUCGGCACUUCAAGCGCACGGAAGAACAAUGAGCGAACCUGCUGAUUGGCUAUUUUCUUGCGUUCGAUAAAAACCAAUCACCAUGUAUAUUCCGUUUUGGGCCUUAUUGGACGCCCAGUUGAAAUUAGUAAGGAGGUUAGUUUCGUUUUUAAAUCAUCUUAUCGUCAACUUCUUUGAGCAGUCAUAGUCGUGGAAUAAAGAUUGUUUUAUUUUCUUAGCAUUUGGAGAGUACAAUCCCAGUAGAGUUUUACAUUUUGAAUCGAAUUAAGCUCUCAGCAAUCUGAGGCUUAAAUAUCGUUUAACCGCAGAUAACAAUCAUUUGUAAAUCUUAUUUCAACAGUAGUCAGAGACAGUCGCAAUCUUCUCAUCGUUUUGAGAAUAACACUCCUUAGUGUCGUUGGCAGUUCUUCAUUCGUUCAUUCAUUACUCUCACUUGUAAAUAAGUUACCCAAGAUUAAUUCGGCGGGUAACAAGUGCAGUGCUGUGUCAUCGUCAUCGGACACACGUACGUACAGACAUGGAGAAUAUAGCAGGAAAUGAGACUCAACAAAUAGCUCAUCAAAUGUCAUCUUUAAUGAAUAUGCCUCCAAAUAACCAUGGAGUACCAGGAAUAGAUCCUCCAAAAACGUUACCUAGUUUAUUAAGUCUGAAAGUAAGUCCGCCAAGUGAAUUACAAAAUCAGGCUUCAUCGGAUGAUAAUGGUCGAGAUGCAGAUAGUGAUUCCAUGAAAUUACCAGCAGCUUUAGAACAAGCUCUAGCUUUUAAAACUGAAAGAGCUAAAGAAGUGGGAGCAGAUCCAAAUGAUAUAGUUUCAUUAGGAAAGUCACCAAAUCAUGAAACUAUAGGAGAAGAUGUAUCUCAGUUAGAUGAUGUCAUACUUGAACCUGAAACAACAACAGAGAAAAUAGAUGCGAAGACCAAUAAGACCAAAAAGAAGAAAAAGAAAAAGAGGAAGAAACACAAUGGAAAGGAGGUGGAAAAUAAAAAGGACAAUGCAGAAAAUGCAAAACCAAAGGAAGAUUUACCAGAAAUUGAAUACAUUCAAGAAAUUCCAACUGUUAAUGACUUAGAACCAAUGUAUCGUCAAUUUGCCAGAAUAUUUGAGGCAUUCAAACUAACUGAACCUGAACCAAAAUCUACAGAGGCAGAAAAGGGAGAACCAAUAGGACAGUAUCCACCAGUGACAACAUUACAAACAACAGGUACUGUACCAAGUAAAGUACCACCAUUGGAUGAUUUUGAUGAUGAUGCAAAUCAACAGCAACAACAGCAAGGAACUGGAGAGAAUGGAGCUCCACGACUAUCCAAGAGGAAACUGAAGAGGCUAACACGUUUGAGUGUUGCAGAAUUAAAACAACUUGUAGGACGACCAGAUGUUGUAGAAAUGCAUGAUGUUACUGCAAGGGACCCAAAACUUCUUGUACAACUAAAAGCUCACCGUAACACAGUGCCUGUACCCAGACACUGGUGUUUCAAAAGGAAAUAUUUACAAGGGAAACGUGGUAUAGAAAAGCCUCCUUUUGACUUACCAGAUUUCAUAAAACGCACAGGUAUUACAGAAAUGAGGGCAAGUCUUCAAGAACGAGAUGAUACACGUACGUUAAAAGCUAAAAUGCGAGAAAGAGCAAGACCUAAGCUUGGUAAAAUAGAUAUUGACUAUCAGAAAUUACAUGAUGCAUUCUUUAAAUGGCAAACUAAACCUCGUAUGACUAUUCAUGGUGACUUAUAUUAUGAGGGUAAAGAAUUUGAAACUCGAUUAAAGGAAAAAAAACCUGGAGAACUGUCUGAUGAAUUGCGUACUGCCCUUGGCAUGCCAGUAGGGCCUAAUUGUCAUAAAGUACCACCUCCAUGGUUAAUUGCUAUGCAGCGGUAUGGACCACCACCAAGUUAUCCCAACUUAAAGAUACCUGGUUUAAAUGCACCAAUUCCGGAAGGAUGUGCAUUUGGUUACCAUGCUGGUGGUUGGGGAAAGCCUCCCGUAGAUGAAACAGGUAGACCUUUGUAUGGAGAUGUAUUUGGUAUAUCUCGUACACCAGGAGGAGAUAAUAUAGAUGAAGAAAUAGAUAGAGGUAUGUGGGGUGAACCUGAAUCAGAAUCUUCCGGAGAUGAAGAUGAAGAUGAAGAUGCAGAGGAAGGUGGAGAAGGUGAAGGAGAAGGAAAAGAUGGAGAUGGAGAUGCAAGUGGUUUAGUUACACCCGGUGCAGAAGGAUUAAUAACACCUAGUGGAAUAACAUCAAUUCCGGCGGGAUUGGAAACUCCAGAAACAAUAGAAUUAAGGAAAAAGAAAAUUGAAAGCGAAAUGGAAGGAGGUGAUACUCCUGCUUUGUACACAGUUUUGCAAGAAAGACGAACAGAAGGUCUUGGAGCAAGCAUGAUGGGUAGUACACAUGUAUAUGAUAUGACUGGUGCAGCAGGAGGUCAAGCACCACCGUCUGUAAUUGCCGCACGACGUGGAGUAAGUGGAACAACAUCAGAUGGAAGAACGGAGAAAGAUGGAGCUGUUGAAUUAGCAUUAGACCCAAGCGAAUUAGAUCUAGACUCUGAAGCAAUGGCAUCACGGUACGAAGAAACAAUGAGGUCGCGACAAGCUCAUUUAAGGAGAGAAGAUUUAUCAGACAUGCUUCAAGAUCAUGUACAACGGCAAAAAGUAAAGUAAACGCAAACGGCAACAAAGUCAGGAUUCGAAAGCCUCUAAGAAAUACAAAGAAUUCAAAUUUUAAGCAUAAUUAAUUAAAUGACAUAUUAUAUAAAAACAAAAAUUACUUAUUUAAAAAAUAUAGGAAUUAAACAUAG